AUGCUCAUAACGUUUGGUGUUCAUUCAGUUCGUAUUAUAAGCAUACGUGUCCCAGAGGUUCUACAGUACGGAAGCAAAGACGCCAUUACAUUAGAUUGUGACUACAUCACUAACAACGUAACUGGGCUAGUUGUGAAGUGGUUUUACAUGGAUAGAUCACAGCCCGUAUACCAAUGGAUACCACCGCAAAAACCUCAAGCUUUAGGAAUUCUAAAAAAUAAGCUUGAUCUAUCAUACAAAGUAUCAAAAAAUCCGUACACACAACAUCGGGCUCUGCGGAUUUUGUCUCCUAGCACAGAGCUGACGGGAAACUACACUUGUGUUGUAUCAACUUUCCUUUCAGAAGAUGAACGUACAAGACCUAUGACUAUAUUUGUUCCAGAAACAAAAUUCGAUAUGAUUCAAGAUCGGCUGAGUGAUGGAUAUUUGAACAUUAUAUGUUCUGUUGAAGGAGUGUUUCCACGACCAGAGCUAGUUAUAUUAGCGGGUAAUAGACUAUUAAAUUCAAAGUCCUCUAUCAAAAUCAUAGAAGGACGCUACACAGCAUUGACAAGUGCAGUUAUCAGGAUCGACUCUUUGCCACCUACUGUUGAAAUUCUCUGUGACAUGCAAGUUCCACUCGCUAACUACUUCAGCAGAAAGAGGGAUAUAUUUUUUAGAGGUAAAAUUUACUUCCAUAUAUUUUAUUACUAG